AAUGUUGACGAAGGAAACCGAGAAAAAGGAUUCUAUACCCGAGGAAUUAAAAUAUUAUAAUGAUAGGGUAGAUGCCAUCUGUAAUUCCUAUCAAAAUAUAACAAAAGCUCUUAGUAAGUUAUGCGAUGGCAUUAGUCUACCUCAAGAAAAACAAAAGAAAUAUGCAGAGAGGAGAUUAGGAUUGGCUCUCCAUGAAAGUUCAGAUUCGAUUGCUAAAGCAUCUUCUGAAAAUUGCCAGGGAUCUUUGGAAGAAGUUUUCGAACAUAUAAGUAAAUUGGAGCUGGAACUUGCUCAAGAACGAUUGAAUUUCGAGAAUAGGAUUAACGAAAAAAUAAUAACAGAAUUGAAUGAAAUUCUUAAAACUCAUUCACCCAUAAACAAAACAAGGCUAUCUUUGAAAAAGGCUCAGCAGAAUUGGGAUAUUACGGAAAAUAAUUUAAAUUCUGUAAAGAAACAAUUAAAUUCACCUAGUUCAGCACAAGCAAUGGAAAAACUAGCACCUCUUGAAGGCGAGAGAGAUGAGGCACUUAGCGUUGUUGAACAACUAAGAAAUGAUUUAGCUUCAGAAUUAUACGAGUUUACUGCCAAAGAAUCCAAGCAUUGCGAUCUGUUUUGUUCUUUACUUCAAAUGCAGGCCGAUUAUCAUACUUCUUGUUUGGAAGAAAUAAAAAAGAAAUCAGAAGAAAUUCAAAUUUUCUUUAAAAAUAAUCAACGCGAAAAGACAUUUGGUUAUCCUCUUGAAGAUAGUUGCGAUAAGGAGACUAAUAUUUCUUGUGUCUUGAAAAGAUGUUGCGAGUUUCUACAGAGAAAAGAGUGCCUCACUGAAACAGGAAUUUUAAGACUAGCCCCCAGCACUUCUAGGUUAAAAAGAUUUAAGGCAUCUAUUGGUGUUGCGGCAGAGGAGGAUUUUGAUGUUCACACUGUUGCUGGCGCCUUAAAAAUCUAUUUAAGAGAGUUACCAGAACCCCUUUUACUUUCGGAGAAAUUUUCUGAAUGGGAGGAGGCCGUAGAUACAAAGGAUCCUCAGGAGAGAUUAAAAUGCCUCAAAUAUUUAGUUGAUUCAUUACCAGAAGUAAAUAGAAAAAACUUGGAAUAUUUAUGCCAUUUUCUAGUCCAAGUCGAGAUACAUAAAGAUGAAAAUAAAAUGAAUUCGUCUAAUAUAGCUACAGUCAUGGGUCCUAACUUAUUGUGGGAUAAGAGUAAUCCUAACAAUGUUUUAUUAGGCAAUAGAAUAGGUGUUGCUAUAAACGAAAGUCUUAUAUUAAACUACAGUUAUUUUUUCAACAAUCCUUCCCCUGCACCGCAACCUCAAACUCAACCGCUUCACCAGGAGCAGCAAUCUGAUGAGUCGAAAAAUUCUUCUAACAAUCCUUUUUUGCAAGAUGCAAGGCCGUCUUUAAACUUGAAGUUUUCUCCCAAAGCUGAUGCAACUGAUGGUACCUUGACAAGAAAGAAAGCUCCUGCUCCUCCCUCAAGAGAGUUCGGGAGGAGAAAGGAUUUCGCGUCAUCGGGCGACAGACCAGCAUCAGAUCCUAGUCUCGAAGACGAUAGGGACUCUGAUUCAUCAAGAAAAAGUGGCGAGAGUCGAAAGUUUAAACCUCCUGUACCUAAUAGACCAGCUGGUGUAAAGCAGCAAAAACCAGUCAGUCCUGGCUCAGGAAACAAACCCCCUUUAUCGCCCAAACCCGGUAAACAAAGAGAAGUCACUUAUCUCUGA